AUGUCUCCAGCCGGAGGAGUGCUGGCCCCCGUGGUCAUGCGCGCCCUCCGCAGCGCGGUUGUCAACACCGCCAAGAUGACCAAGGUCCUCCAGCGCAAGCUCGCCGGCGCGACGCAACCACUCAGCAAAGAAGUCCAAUAUGUCACCGUCCGCUCCACCGGUCGCCAGCCCAUCCACCCCACCGCGUUCCUGCGUCAGUCUAAGCGCGGCGCACGAUGGUCGUCCUCCACCGCGUACAACCGCUUGAACGCCGGCGUUCGUCGCUUCAUCGGAACCGCCGUCAACGAGCUUCGCGCCGGGCCAAGAAUCGACCGUUCUGCCUUCAACAAGACAAACAUCGGACGCGCAUUCUCCCAAUUCCCUGGACGAGCUCCCUUUGCCCACACACUGCGACCGAAUCUCACCGGCGGCGCGAUGCCCCGGACAGCCGGCGGUUACGCGAUGCCCGGCUCGGGACGUGUCGGAGGCCAGCGGUACUUCAGCCACGCACCCACGUCCCAGGCGCAGGUCGUCCAGAACGUGUCCCAGGCCAUGCGCGCCUUCUGGCUUUCUGGCCAGAGGGCCCACUUCGACGGGCACGGCCCCAACGGCGAGAGGAGAUACAAGCCGGUCAGCUCGCUGCAGGACACUGCUUGCAGGAAGAUGGCUAGUAUGCCUCGCAUCGUACCCGGCUCGUUCGUCGACUUCCAGAUCAGCCCCACCGUGACUGCCCUGAGCCCCCUCGCUGCCGUUGCCGCCAUGGCCACUGGCUUCGACGGCAAGCCCGAGGCCGGUGCGGCCACCCUCAACGCCGAUGGCUUCUUUGACGUCCUCUCGACCGACUUUGCGCGACAGCUGAAGGACCUCACGGCCGUCAUGAGCGAUCUCAGGCGUCUUGCAGCGCUGGGAGACCUUCCCAUCACUUUGGAGAAGAACAACACCCUGCGAGUGCGAUUCCCGGGCCUCGACGCGGAUACGGUGGAACGAUUAUGUGACGAUACUGGCGUCCAGCGAGGUGUCAUCAGACAAGAUGCAGACUUCGACUCGAGCUACGGCAGCCCGAUGGCCCUACGUUUCCCGUAUGCGCCUGAUGCACAUGAUGAGGAAACGCUUACCUCCCCGGGUGGCUCAAUGAGGUCGCACCUCUCAGAGGUGUCCUCGAUCGAAGAAGAUGAGGCCCUUUUUGAUGAGUACAUUGAGGAGAACCCCUGGUUGUCGACCCCCGAGCCUGAAGUUGAUGCCGAGGAAGGAUAUGAGAGCAUGUCUGAUCACGUCCUGAGUUCUGCCGAGCAUGUCUCUGAGGAUUUCGAGGGUCUGGAGGGCAUCUACCGUUUUCUUGAGGAAUGCGAUCAGCUCAAGUCCAGAACUCGGUUCUAG